AUGUCGUAUGACCCUCAGAUCCAAAGAUUGGAGAUCGAGAAUUACAUCAAUGAAAACUUCAAACAUCACCCGUUCCUCAACAACCAAGGAAACCUCAAAUACUUAGCCGAAUGCAUGCGUCGAGCUUACCUCCGUUGGCAUGUUCUUCUUUGCAUAGAUGUCGAAGCGUGGGAGAAAGACAACGAAAAGGUCACUGAAAUUGGUAUAGCAUUGUACAACCCCAUUGGUCAGGAGUACGCAUUGGUGCCCAACAUCAAACAGGUCCACAUCAGAAUCGAAGAGUCGUUGAGGCUCCGCAAUGGCAGAUACGUGCCAGACCAUGCCGAUUACUCCAAUAGUGGUGUUUCGUACACCAUGCUGGAGGAGGACGCAGUAUUAUAUCUUCAGGCAUUGGUGGACAACUAUAUCAACCAUCCACCACUAUCUGCUCAAGGUGCGUCCUUGGUGGGCCAUAACAUAAGAGGAGAUAUCGCUUGGCUAGACAAGCUAGGAGUGGAUUUUCAUGAAAACCUUAACUUCAUAGACACUGAAAAGCUCUUUGCCCUCUCCAAUGGGAAACAGGGAGCCAGCUUGGUCAACGGCCUUGAACGUGUCCAAAUUCCUCAUGCGUACUUACACAACGCAGGAAAUGAUGCCUACUACACCUUACUCUUGGCAAUGAAACUCUGUGAUCCAAACGCAAGACGUUUCUAUAACUUGGACUUUUUGGUUACCAAAGAGUUCAUAUUCCCUGAGAUCAGAGGCAAGAAAUCCCGAAAAAAGAAGGAUCCCAAUAGGGCCAAGCUUUUGGAAGGAAAUAUUGAUGAGUUGAUCAUAGACAUAACAAGGAAUUGA